GCUGUGAGUGCUGCCUCUAGCACCCGUGCCAUAUGUUUGCCACCACUGGAAUAGAUAUUCCUAACCAGUGGACAAUUCAGCUGUUUGCUUGCACGGCACCAGCACAGGCACUUUCCAAAGUACUCACCUAGACAUGACUUUCUCCCAUGUGUCCAGAAGAAAACAACUCCCAAGUUGCAGCCAACAAACAGGAAGUAUAGUUACUUCGCUCUGUUCCCCUGUAUAUCAGUAAAACUUCCUGCCCUAUAGCCUUAUCUUGUCUACAAUACUGGAGGAAUGGAUAACCUUGAACGGUUGUUGAAUAGCAGACAACUGCUGUGAGAUAAGCUGUAGAUGGCAGGGAGAGGGAAACGAUCACAAUGUAUACACAAUAUAAUAGCACUUAUUUCAGGUUGCUGCUUCCAUUUUAACUCGGGGUGCUGUGAUUAAUGUGGCCGCUUAGGCCUCUAAACCGUUUUGAACCCGCGCCAAACCACCUUCAGAUCUGUGGCCAGGGCGGAGAGGUUUCUAGUAGGGCAACACUCGAAAGUCUUCGUUAAAAACAACCACUUAUGAAAUUUUUCGCCUCGACGAUAAGCCAGAGAGAAAGCGCUGUUUUAAAGAGGGAUGAAAUAUAGGGAGUGAGUCCAGAAGUGGGUAAGGUCCGCUCUAACUCGCGCGUGGAGAGGGAUUGUGCGGAGCAUGAAGUUUCACCUCCUUUUGCUCAAGCAGGCGGGCCGCCAAUCCCGCCUGGGGAACGGUGAUUUUUUUUUUUUCUCCUUAAAAAAAAGAAAAUUAUGCAAGCCGAUAGAUACUUCGACGCAGAGUCCGGCUCUCGUGUUUUAUGCAAAACGGGGAGCCGGUUGAUAACAGCCCUUCGCUGUAAUACGUCGAGGGUUCCUAGUUCCCGCCUCAUAGCAGCCAGCAAGGUGCCGGUGUGAAUCCGCCUGGGCUUUGGCGAUCCAGCGCCAGAGAACCAAGCUGCGGCGGCGCCAAGCGAGGAAAACUUUGCAAGAGGUGCCCAUUUCAAACUCGGCGCUGGAUCCGGGAGACCCCCGCGUCUCUGCAGGGCUGACCAAAAUGACUGAGUGACUCUCGGGGUCGCCGCCUUCUCCAGCUUCCCCCCGAUCCUCCAGGAAACCGCAGCUUUUCAGCCCCGCUAGGAAGGAAGGCGGCGUAGAGAGAAGAGCGCGGCUCGGUCAGGUACGGAGGAGUCCAACUGAGGAGCGAGCAGUCUGUACCCCAUACAUGUUUACGGAAUGUUUACCCUUGCAGAAGUUGCAUCUCUGAAUGACAUACAGCCAACUUACCGAAUUCUGAAACCAUGGUGGGAUGUAUUUAUGGAUUAUCUGGCAGUUGUAAUGCUCAUGGUUGCUAUUUUUGCUGGAACCAUGCAGUUGACCAAAGAUCAGGUGGUUUGUUUGCCUGUGUUACAGUCUGCUGUAAGUGCAAAAAUGCAACCCAGCCCCUUGGGAAGUGCCAAAGCUGCCAAUAUGCCAGAAUUCGAAACACCAGCUAUUCAAGACAAAGACAAACAGGCAACCAUGACUGUAUCUCUUGACACCACACCUGUCACUACGCCUGAUGUACGUAGAACUGCCUAUCCACCAUUACCCUCAACUGCUGCAAGUCAGGAAGUAAAGAAGGAGCAGAAAGAUUUUCUGGGCCGUAAGACCAACUUGGAUUAUCAGCAAUAUGUUUUCAUUAACCAGAUGUGUUAUCAUGUGGCUCUUCCUUGGUAUUCGAAAUACUUUCCUUACUUAGCUCUUAUACACACAAUUAUUUUAAUGGUCAGUAGCAAUUUUUGGUUUAAAUACCCAAAAACCUGCUCGAAAAUCGAGCAUUUUGUCUCUAUUUUAGGAAAAUGCUUUGAAUCCCCUUGGACUACAAAAGCAUUGUCUGAAACGGCGUGUGAAGACUCUGAGGAGAAUAAACAAAGACUAACUGGGGCCCAGUCCCUGCCAAAGCACGUAUCAACUAGUAGCGAUGAAGGAAGCCCAAAUGCUAGUACCCCCAUGAUCAACAAGACUGGUUUCAAGUUUUCAGCAGAAAAGCCAGUUAUUGAAGUCCCAGGUAUGACCAUUUUGGACAAAAAAGAUGGAGAGCAAGCCAAAGCACUCUUUGAAAAAGUACGAAAAUUCCGGGCUCACGUGGAGGACAGUGAUUUGAUUUAUAAGCUCUAUGUUGUUCAGACUGUCAUCAAAACUGUAAAGUUCAUAUUUAUUCUCUGCUACACAGCCAAUUUUGUCAAUGAAAUCAGUUUUGAGCAUAUCUGCAUGCCCAAAGUGGAACAUCUGACUGGCUACCAAGAAUUUGAAUGCACACACAAUAUGGCUUACAUGUUAAAAAAGUUGCUUAUCAGUUAUAUUUCUCUCAUCUGUGUCUAUGGUUUUGUCUGUCUGUACACUCUCUUCUGGUUGUUUCGGUUACCCCUGAAGGAGUACUCUUUUGAAAAAGUUAGAGAAGAGAGCAGUUUCAGCGAUAUUCCAGAUGUUAAGAACGAUUUUGCUUUUCUCUUACACAUGGUUGACCAGUAUGAUCAGCUUUACUCCAAGAGGUUUGGUGUAUUCCUGUCGGAGGUCAGCGAAAACAAACUGAGGGAAAUAAGUUUGAACCACGAAUGGACUUUCGAAAAAUUGAGGCAACACGUUUCCCGCAAUGCUCAGGAUAAGCAAGAAUUACAUCUUUUCAUGCUCUCGGGAGUCCCAGAUGCGGUUUUUGAUCUGACGGAUUUAGAUGUGUUAAAACUCGAGCUGAUUCCUGAAGCAAAAAUCCCCGCUAAAAUAUCCCAGAUGACUAACCUUCAAGAGCUACAUCUCUAUCAUUGCCCUGCAAAGGUGGAGCAGACAGCCUUCAGUUUUCUUCGUGACCACCUGAGAUGCUUGCAUGUGAAAUUUACUGAUGUUGCAGAGAUACCAGCUUGGGUCUACUUGCUUAAAAAUCUCCGAGAGUUGUAUUUAGUAGGCAACUUGAAUUCUGAAAACAAUAAAAUGAUAGGACUUGAAUCACUUAGAGAGUUAAGGCACCUUAAGAUUCUCUACGUGAAAAGCAAUUUGACCAAAAUUCCAUCUAAUAUCACAGAUGUAGCACCACAUUUAACCAAGCUGGUAAUUCAUAAUGAUGGUACCAAGCUUUUUGUACUGAAUAGCCUUAAGAAGAUGAUGAAUGUAGGAGAAUUAGAGCUGCAGAACUGUGAAUUGGAACGUAUUCCCCAUGCCAUUUUUAGUCUCACUAACUUGCAGGAACUAGAUCUAAAGUCAAAUAACAUACGCACAAUUGAAGAAGUCAUUAGCUUCCAACAUUUAAAAAGACUAACUUGUCUGAAAUUGUGGCACAACAAAAUAGUUAACAUUCCUUCUUCCAUUACUCAUGUUAAAAACUUGGAGUCACUUUAUCUCUCCAAUAAUAAACUCGAAUCCUUACCUGUUGCAGUAUUCAGUUUACAGAAACUCAGAUGCUUAGAUGUAAGCUACAACUCCAUUGCGGUGAUUCCUGUGGAAAUAGGGUUGCUUCAAAAUCUCCAGCACUUGCUUAUCACAGGAAAUAAAGUGGAUAUUUUGCCAAAACAGCUGUUUAAGUGCUCCAAGUUGAGAACUUUGAGUUUGGGACAAAAUUGCAUCACCUCAAUUCCAGAAAAAAUUGGUCAGCUGUUGCAACUAACUAAUUUGGAGCUGAAGGGGAACUGUUUAGACCGUCUACCAGCCACUUUGGGUCAGUGUCGGCUUCUCAGGAAAAGUGGACUAAUUGUAGAAGAUCAUCUUUUUGAUACGUUGCCCUCAGAAGUUAAAGAAGCAUUGAAUCAAGAUACAAGCAUUCCCUUUGCUAAUGGGAUUUAAACAGAGCUCGAACCUGGUGACCAAUAUAGAUCAUAAUUAAAGAGCACACUAAUAAAAUGUUGUGUUGAGAAUUUUGGAACUCUUUCUUUUUAUAAGAAAGGACUGUUAAGGCUGGCAGAUCUCCUUUGGUGUUUGUAGUAUUUUUAAACAUCACUUCCAGAAUUUUUGGAGAGCAAAGAAGAAGGGGUGGGUAAUCCUUAAAAACAAUCUUGAUUUUUGUUUCCCUUAUAAGAUGUUUGUAACAUGGAUGCUGCCGCUUUUGAAUGUUUACAAAUUGCUUGCCUGCUUAAUGUACAUGAUUAAAUUGGUGACCUUUUCUUACUAUAAAUAAUUUUAAAUGGC